AUGUCAAAGGAGUACGAUACUACUAAAUACGGUUAUGUCAUAGGAGUGCUAAUUCUUCAUUUGUUCAACAAAUUCGGAUUCCGUUAUAAUGGACAUAAAGUCAUCAAUGAUCCCAUUCAUGGACAUAUUACAUUGAAUGACUAUACAGUUGAAUUUAUUGAUACUCCUCAGUUUCAGCGUUUAAGAGGUUUGAAGCAGCUAGGAGUACUUUAUUUUGUUUUUCCCGGUGCAAGUCAUAAUAGAUUUGAACAUUCAAUAGGUGUAUCACAUCUUUCUGGAACACUUAUUGAAAGAUUUGCAAGAGAUCAGCCAGAAUUGGAUAUUCGUAAUGAUGAAAUUCGAUGUAUUAAAUUAGCAGGACUAUGUCAUGAUUUGGGGCACGGACCAUUUAGCCAUGUAUUUGAUAAUGUAUUUAUGCCUCAGGCAAAGCCCGGUUUGAAUUGGUCUCAUGAACAAGGUUCAGAAAUGAUGCUUGAUUAUUUAGUUGAUGAUAAUCAUAUUGAUAUUGAAAAACAAGAUAUUCAAUUUAUGAAGGACUUAAUUAUGGGCGAACCUACAAGUUCAUUUAGUCAAAAAUAUGCUGAUCGUAGAUUCUUAUUUGAUAUUGUUGCUAAUAAAAAGAAUAGUGUAGAUGUAGACAAGUUUGAUUAUAUUGAAAGAGAUGCUUAUAAUAUGGGAUUACGUAGUUCUUAUGAUGCGAAAAGACUGUUAGUUUAUAGCCGAGUCAUUCAUGAUGAAAUUUGUUAUCAUCAUAAAGAAGUUUAUAAUAUGUAUGAAAUGUUUCAUACACGAUCCAAAUGUCCUGAAUUAAAAGAGGCUCGUGAGAUUAUCAAGAAUCUUAGAACACGUAACUUGUAUAAAUUUGUAGAUGAAUACUUGAUCCCACCUGAAUUAGAAUUAUUUUUAAAUAAGGACAGAGUGACUCCUCAAGAUAUUGUUAAUCAUCAAACAGAUAAUGCUGGAUUAGUACAAGAAGAUAUCAUUGUUGAUUUUUCUAAAGUCAAUUAUUCUAUGAAUGACAAAUCUUUUAAAAUUCCACAAGAAAAGGUCUCUUAUAUGAUUCCUAAUAAAUUUCAAGACAUAAAUAUUCGUAUCUAUACUCGAAAUCCAUAUAAGAUGCAAGCAGUUCAAAAGGCUUUCCGUCGUUACCUUGCAAAUAUUACACAUACUGAGACUUUAAUGGAUCCCUCUAUCACUGUUCCUGCUGAUUAUGAGAAUUUUGUCAUCGCAAAGAAGCGACGUAUAUCAUCAAUAGAAGAUAAAGGAAAAUAG